AUGGAGUUAGGUGCUAAUGAUGUAUUACUUGCUCAAAACAAGUUAUUGACUCAACAAAUGUCAAAACUUCCACAACAACUUAAGGAGAUGCAUGAGAUUCCUAACAAAAGUCAACAAGUAAUGUGUUAUGAGUUGUGUAGAGGAGAUCAUCAAACUAGUUAUUGUCCUCCGCCCGGAGAAGAAGUGAAUUAUGUGUCAAAUCCAAAUCAAGGCUAUGGUGGAAGACAACAACCUUAUCAAAAAAACCAAGGUUAUAAACAAGGUUGGAGACAAGAUACCAGACCUUCGAAUAGUCAAAAUCCUUAUCAAGGUGGCUACAAUCAACAACCUCAAGGUACAAAGCUUUCAAUUGAAGACACUCUUAGUCAAUUCAUGCAAUUGUCUAUUGUUAGUCAAAAGAGUAUCGAUGCGGGCAUCAAAAAUCUUGAAACGCAAGUUGGUCAAUUGUUAAAGCAAUUAGCCUACCAACACAAAGGAACUUUUCCAGCGAAUACUCAAGAGAAUCCAUGGAAGCAUUGUAAGUCUAUUCUAACUCGUAGUGGUAGAACAAUUGAUAUGGGAAUUGGUGAGAAAGAUGAUGCAAGACAUUAUGCUAGGUUCUUGGAUAUUUUUAGCCGGUUGCAAAUCAAUAUUCCAUUUUCGGAGGUCUUGGAGCAAAUGCCUACAUAUGCAAAAUUCAUGAAGGACAUUAUUACAAAGAAGGGGAGAUUUACGGAUCAAGAAGUCAUCACCGUUGACGCUUGUUAUAGUGCAAUCAUUCAAAGAACUCUACCGAAGAAAGAAAGUGACCUGGGAAAAGUUACUUUGCCGGUGACAAUCAACGAUGUUUAUGUCGGUAAAGGAUUGAUUGAUUUGGGUUCUAGCAUUAUCUUGAUUCCGUUGUCUCUUGUGAAAAAAUUGGGAAACAUUGAGUUGAAAGAAAAAAGAAUCACAUUGCAAUUGGCCGACAAGUUCACUACUCAUCCUCAUGGGAUUGCAGAAGAUUUGUUAGUCAAGGUUGAUAAAUUUUUUUUCCUGGUUGACUUCGUUGUAAUUGAUAUGGAAGAAGAUCAUGAUACACUAUUAAUUUUUGGAAGACCUUUCAUGAAAACCGCUCGGAUGAUGAUCGAUAUCGAUGACGGUCUAAUGAAAAUAAGAGUUCAAGAUGAAGAGUUGUGUUUUAAUUUUUUUGAAGCAAUGAAGCAUUCCAAUGAUAAAAAUGAUUGUUUUAGAGUAGAUGCAACAUAUGAAGCUGUCAUGGAAGUAAAGAAACAAAUUCAUGUGUCUACUCCUCUUGAGAAUGCUCUCGCAAAUGCUCUCCAAAUCCUCAAUGGGGAUUAA